AUGCGCUUUCUCUGCCUCCACGGAAUCGGCUCAAACGCCGAAGUGUUCAACACCCAACUAUCCGCGAUCCAGGCGGCUCUAGGGUCACAGCACGAGUUUGUCUUUGUCGAUGGCGAUAUCCCAUCUGAGGCCGGACCAGGCGUGUAUGGACUCGCCGAAGGGCCGUACUUUUCGUUCUUCAACCUCCCUAUUGCGUCUCAGAUGUACGACGCCUUUGAGCUCAUUGAUCAGGCCUUAGAAGAUGAUGGACCUUUCGAUGGCAUCUUUGGCUUUUCACAAGGAGCCGCUGUGGCUGCUUCCUAUCUUCUCAGGAAUCAGGACACGCAUCUACCAUUCAAGUGCGCCGUCUUUUUCUGUGCUACGGCGCCAUUCAACGUGGAAUCGGCCACAUUCCGAUCGAUGGAUGACGGAACCUUCAGAGAUGAAGUCACAGGUGAAGAUGUCACGGCGGAAAUAGCAGCGAAUAUUCCUGAUCUCUUGGAUCGAAAAAAGUUUCCCUCUCAAGGAAAGUCUAUGAUCCGACCAUACCCGUCUGACGGCUCGAUUGAGAUACCACUACCAACAGUACACGUCUAUGGUAGAAAUGAUGGGUACUAUCCACAAUCCCGAAACCUAGUCGAAAUGUGUCAGUCCUCCGACAGGGAGGUGCUGGAGCAUAAAGGGGGGCACAGCAUCCCUUGGGAGCAAGGGAUAACCAGUCGUAUCGUUGAUCUUCUCCGGAGGCUAGUCCAUGCCGUUGAGCUGCAGUAA